AUGAUGGGAAAGCGAGUGAAUUAUGCCGCGCGGUCUGUCAUAUCACCCGAUCCUUACAUAAUGGUCGACGAAAUUGGAGUUCCGAUGGUUUUUGCCACAAAACUCUCGUACCCACAGCCCGUCAACAACCAUAAUAUUGAACAGUUGAGGCAAAUGAUAAUGAAUGGGCCGGACAUAUAUCCCGGCGCUCUAUCGGUGACCUACGAAGGCGGGCGGACUGUGCGACUCUCUCCCACGGACUCUGCUUUACGCAAGAGUUUGGCCGAUCGCCUAAAGGUUCCCAAACAUUACUUCAAUGAUCGAGAUAUUCGUGUUGUGAACCGACAUCUCUUGUCGGGCGACGCAUUGCUACUCAAUCGUCAGCCAACGCUACACAAGCCGUCAAUUAUGGCACAUAAGGCACGAGUGCUUCCAAAGGAGAAAACAUUACGCCUUCACUACGCGAACUGCAAGUGUUAUAACGCCGACUUUGACGGCGACGAAAUGAACGCCCACUNCCCUCAGAGCGAGUUGGCCCGCGCCGAGGCCUACAACAUAGCGAGCGUUAACUUCCAAUUCCUUGUGCCCAAAGACGGCACGCCGUUGAGUGGUCUCAUUCAGGAUCACAUCAUUGGCGGCGUUUGGCUCACAAUAAGAGGUCAGUUCUUCACGAAAGGAGACUUUCAGGAAUUACUUUACGGCGCGCUUUCAUUCCUCAACAAACCGCUCAAAUUAGUGGCCCCGGCCAUCAUUAAACCCAAACGGCUGUGGUCUGGAAAGCAAAUCAUUACCACAAUUAUUAUGAAUUUAGUGCCAGAAGGCAAACCAUUGCCCACCCUUUCGAUCCCCAGUAAACUAAAUCCAAAAAUAUUGCAAAGAGUGCGCCCGAGAAUGUGGACUGCAGGCGGAACACCCUUACAGUUGACAGACAUGUGUGAGAGUCAUGUGAUUAUAAGGAAAGGGGAGCUACUGUGCGGUGUUAUAGAUAAAGUGAAUUUGGGUCCAAAUCCUUACGGACUCAUCCACUGUUGUUAUGAACUCUAUGGCGGCCCCACCUCAUCGGCACUACUCACUAGUUUCGCCCGUUUGUGCACUAAUUAUCUGCAAAUACACAGCGGUUUCACUUUAGGAAUUCACGACAUCCUUGUUGAGGAUAAACCAAACGCCAGACGACAACGAGUUAUUAAGCGAUCGGUGAAAAUGGGCAGAAAUGCUGCCGCAGAGGCUAUGGGUCUCUCGGAGGACGACGACAACGACGUAUAUGGUUGCGACAAAUGGCACAGUUGUCCACAACUAUAUCCCAGGCCCACAGCGCCACCGCCGACCACUUCUUCACCUCAAACCGCUUCCGUCCGACCACUGCCUGCGUCGAAGAGGACGGCAGUUCAGUGCUGUUCACCUCUCCGUUGUUUCCCUCCACAUCCAUCUCGUCCUCGUAGUCCGCCAUCACGUCACAAGAUGUCUGAUUCGCACGGAUUCACGCAAUCGAUGGUCUCUUCGGGUGUCGAUUGGAUCAACAAAUUAGCCAUCAACAGCCAGAUCACUGGUGUGUCGUUCGGCAUCAUCGGUAAGGAUGAGGUGAAGAGGUUGAGUGUCUUACACGUAGAGAAGUGGAAGUCCUUCGAUGAAGGGGAUCAGCCGCAGGUCGGAGGCCUAUACGACUCGGUUUUCGGUCCCACCAAAAGAAGUGAGUCGUGUGUGACGUGCGGUCUCUCGGAGUUUGAGUGUUGCGGACAUUACGGACACAUAAAUCUGGCGCUUCCUGUCUUCAACCCAUUCCUCAUCAAACAGUUAUUUCAGUUACUGAAGAUGUGUUGUUUCGAUUGCCAUUAUCUCCUGUUCUCGUCGACCGAUUUGGAGAUAAAGAUCGCGCAAUUGGAAGCGUUAAGUCGUGGUCUCGAUAUCAUAGUCGAAGACUUAGCAGAAUAUGGGUCUCAACUGACGAACGACAGCGAUAGCACUGUAGGUGCGGCUGAAAUCAGACUACAUGUGCGCCGGAAGUUAAGGGAAAGGAUUGACGAAGAGUUCAACAAAAGGGUCACCAAAUCGGCGAAAAGUAAUCUAAAUGUGAAGAAUAUUGUGGAGAAACAGCAGAUUAUGUACAAAGACUUUAUGGGCGGAAGGCUUCUGAAGCCGAGUAAGAAGUGUCUUCAGUGCGCGGCUCAUAAACAGGGCUUAACUGUACUCAACAAUGCGUUGAUUGUGAUGAAUGCGUCCAAAGCUAAGGUGAACCGAAAGCCCAAACAUAUUGGCAGUGAAAGUGCGGAACAAAUAGAAGACAUGAACCCAAUGGAUAUGAGCGGAGCGAAAGGCAAAUCACAUUUGACUCCACUUAUGGCCAGAAGUCAUUUGCGCGCCCUUUGGGCCAAUGAGAAGGAAUCGCUUCACAGAAUAUUCCCAUUCCUGAGGCCCGACGUGUCGUGUACUGGAGACUCGACACCAAUAGAUGUGUUCUUUGUGGACACCAUUACAGUGCCUCCCAAUCGGUUCCGACCCUUACAUCACAUGCACGGUCGACAGUUUGAAGGCGAACAGACCAGUGCUAUGAGUCAAAUCAUAAUGGCUUCGGAUGUGUUGGACACUGCCUUUCGUCAGGCAAAAGGCCUGCCAAUCGACGACAGCAGUCCGUCCACGUCCUCUGCGCCUCCCAAUGGACCGAAAGAUCGGAUCAAAGACGUGGCGAAGUUUCACAUGAGUUGGCAAAAACUGCAACUUCUAUGCAAUCGUUUGUAUGACUCGGAUAUGGAUAAAUUACCGGACAAUAAGGCGACGGGAGUUAAGCAGAUAUUAGAGAAGAAAGAGGGGCUCUUCCGGAAGCAUAUGAUGGGAAAGCGAGUGAAUUAUGCCGCGCGGUCUGUCAUAUCACCCGAUCCUUACAUAAUGGUCGACGAAAUUGGAGUUCCGAUGGUUUUCGCCACAAAACUCUCGUACCCACAGCCCGUCAACAACCAUAAUAUUGAACAGUUGAGGCAAAUGAUAAUGAAUGGGCCCGACAUAUAUCCCGGCGCUCUAUCGGUGACCUACGAAGGCGGCCGGACUGUGCGACUCUCUCCCACGGACUCUGCUUUACGCAAGAGUUUGGCCGAUCGCCUAAAGGUUCCCAAACAUUACUUCAAUGAUAGAGAUAUUCGUGUUGUGAACCGACAUCUCUUGUCGGGCGACGCAUUGCUACUCAAUCGUCAGCCAACACUACACAAGCCGUCAAUUAUGGCACAUAAGGCACGAGUGCUUCCAAAGGAGAAAACAUUACGCCUUCACUACGCGAACUGCAAGUGUUAUAACGCCGACUUUGACGGCGACGAAAUGAACGCCCACUUCCCUCAGAGCGAGUUGGCCCGCGCCGAGGCCUACAACAUAGCGAGCGUUAACUUCCAAUUCCUUGUGCCCAAAGACGGCACCCCAUUGAGUGGUCUCAUUCAGGAUCACAUCAUUGGCGGCGUUUGGCUCACAAUAAGAGGUCAGUUCUUCACGAAAGGAGACUUUCAGGAAUUACUUUACGGCGCGCUUUCAUUCCUCAACAAACCGCUCAAAUUGGUGGCCCCGGCCAUCAUUAAACCCAAACGGCUGUGGUCUGGAAAGCAAAUCAUUACCACAAUUAUUAUGAAUUUAGUGCCAGAAGGCAAACCAUUGCCCACCCUUUCGAUCCCCAGUAAACUAAAUCCAAAAAUAUUGCAGAGAGUGCGCCCGAGAAUGUGGACUGCAGGCGGAACACCCUUACAGUUGACAGACAUGUGUGAGAGUCAUGUGAUUAUAAGGAAAGGAGAGCUGCUGUGCGGUGUUAUAGAUAAAGUGAAUUUGGGUCCAAAUCCUUACGGACUCAUCCACUGUUGUUAUGAACUCUAUGGCGGCCCGACCUCAUCGGCACUACUCACUAGUUUCGCCCGUUUGUGCACUAAUUAUCUGCAAAUACACAGCGGUUUCACUUUAGGCAUUCACGACAUCCUUGUUGAGGAUAAACCAAACGCCAGACGACAACGAGUUAUUAAGCGAUCGGUGAAAAUGGGCAGAAAUGCUGCCGCAGAGGCUAUGGGUCUCAAGGAGGACGACGACAACGACGUGCUGUUAGACAAACUGAAGAGCGCUCACACGAACCCAAAUGACUUCUAUAUGAAACAGUUAGACAAAUGCAUGAAAGGACAGACGGAUGAACUCAAUAAUAAAAUAACAGAACACUGUUUACCCAAAGGACUGGUCAAACAGUUUCCAUACAAUAACCUGCAAAUGAUGAUACAGGCGGGGGCUAAGGGAGGCUCAGUGAACGCCAUUCAGAUCUCUUGCCUUUUGGGUCAAAUCGAGUUAGAAGGCCGAAGAGUGCCUCUAAUGAUGUCCGGAAGAUCUUUACCCUCAUUCAGACCCUACGAGACAGAGCCCAGAGCGGGAGGGUUUGUCGCACAACGCUUUAUGACUGGUAUUCGUCCGCAAGAGUUCUUCUUUCAUUGUAUGGCCGGAAGAGAAGGUCUGAUCGAUACUGCAGUCAAGACAUCCCGUUCUGGAUAUCUGCAAAGAUGUCUCAUUAAACAUCUCGAAGGACUGGUAGUUAACUACGAUAUGACUGUAAGAGACAGUGAAGGAAGUGUUGUUCAGUUACUCUACGGAGGAGACGGUCUCGAUAUCCUUAAGAGUCAAAUGUUAAAAGAGAAAGUCAUUCCUAUUGUGAUCCAAAACAACGAUGCCUUACGUCCGACGCCUAAAGAAAUAGAAAUAUUGAACAAUAUAUCGGAUAAAAAUAUGUUUGCAUAUCAGCAGCAAAUAGAGCACUGGUUGAGUGAAAAUGACAACACAUUUAGACUCAAAGAGAGGAGAUCUCCUUUUCUGGCGUUUUCGGCACAAAAAAGUCAAAAAUAUUCAAAAGCAGAUUUGAUCACAAAGUGGUCGGCAUUAAGUGGAAACCGUAAGAAGUAUAACCGCUAUAUAUUUGAGGGCAAGCCCUGUCCCGAUCCGGUCACUAGUGUUUUCCGCCCCGAUAUUAACUUUGGAUCAAUUAGUGAGCGCUUGGAUUCUAUUAUAAAUAAAUAUAUUUCUCAAAAUGCGGACAACCUUUUAAACAACUCUUUGGAACCGCUCAGCAUUUCGUCGACAGAAUACAAGAGAACAAUGAACUCGUAUUAUAUGAAGAGUUUGUGCGAACCGGGAGAAGCAGUGGGACUAUUAGCGGCUCAAUCAGUGGGAGAGCCCUCCACUCAGAUGACGCUCAAUACCUUUCACUUCGCUGGAAGAGGUGAGAUGAACGUGACGCUUGGAAUUCCUCGGCUCAGAGAAAUCUUGAUGACUGCCAGCCCUAAGAUCGCGACUCCCAGUCUAGACAUACCUUUUGUGAACAACUUUGAGGGAGACAUCGACGCAGAAGCGGAACGAAUGCGACUAAAGCUGACUUCAGUCAGACUGAGUGAUGUCCUCGAGUUCGUAGACGUGACCGAAACACUUGCCAUCGAAGAUACUAAGCGUUGGCGCGUAUAUCACUUAAAGUUUCAGUUUUUGCCUAAAAGUCUCUAUAAACACAAAUGCUAUACAAAUCCACCGUUUAUUUUGCGAUUUAUGGAAAAUAAGUUCUUUAAGCAACUCAUAGAUGUGAUCCAAAAAAGGGAAACAAUUCUAUCGAAAACUCAUGGAUUGUUUGAUAACUCAAAUAGAGGCAGAACUACAGCCAAAAGCAAAGCAAAAAAAGCUGAAUCCGAAGAGAACGAGGAUUCAAACGAUGCGUUUGAUGGCAAUAAUGUGAACCGUAAUGACGACGAAGAACCCAUGAGUUCUGAUGAUGAAGAUGUGGGUCAAGACGACGGCGACACCACUGCUCAGCGCAACAAAACUCGACACAAUCAGGAACAGGAGUACGAAGAACCAGACGAUGAAGAGAUUCAAGUGAUAGAGGAUUCAGAUGUCGAGGAAAUAGCGACCGAACCCGUGAAUGACGGCGACAUUGAACUGAACGAUAGCUCCGAACAAAUCUCUGAAAAUCCAGUCGAAGACCGAAUUAGUCACAGAAAAGAGCAAAAGAGACAAAAGAGUGCCAAACGGGCGGAACUGAAGGCUCAGCGACUGAUGCGACAAAACAAAGUGAAAAACGUGAGCCAAACUAUCGCUGACUAUGACUUCGACACAAAGCAUGAGGAGUGGUGUGAAGUGACUCUCAAAUACGAGAUAAAGAACACAAAACUGGACAUGACUUCAAUCAUUGAGGAGGAGGCCCACAAAACCUAUAUCCAUAAGAUCGGCAAAAUAGAGCGCGCCUUCCUUGUCAAAGACAACAAUGCGGCCAAACGUGGCGCCACUUUCGGCAAACUUCUCAAAACGGAAGGCAUCGGUAUUCACGAGAUCUUUGCUUACGACCACAUUUUCGACAUCAACAGGAUUUACUCCAAUGACAUCCACGUCAUCGCCAACACGUAUGGCAUCGAAGCCGGCGCUCAGGCUAUUCAGCGCGAGAUCUCUAACGUGUUCGCAGUUUAUGGCAUUCAUGUCGAUUCAAGACAUCUGUCUUUAAUAUCCGAUUACAUGACAUUCAGCGGACAAAUCAAAGGAAUGAACAGACAGUCCAUGGAUGGCGUGGCCCCUAUUCAGGCCAUGACCUUCGAAACGACCACCAAUUUCCUGAAGAACGCCACUCUUAUCGGAUUGAGCGAUGAUUUGUCGUCUCCAUCGGCGCGUAUAGUGGUUGGCCGGCCCUCUGUUGUGGGCACUGGUCUCGUAGAGACUCUUUGUAAUCCAGCUAUGGUUAGCGGCACUAAACAGAACCAAAUGUUUGGAAAUAUAAUCAAUUCGUCGAAAUGGAAGAGGAAUUCAGUGGUGAAGAGGAAAUUUGAUUUCAAUAAAUUGACUCAAACUCCUCCUCUUAACAAACGAAUCAAAUUCAGUUUAUAAUCAGUUUAUGAUUGUGUGAUUCAAUUAGAUAUCAAUAUAUAGACAUAUUAUGAAUAAUGAAAUUAUAAAUUAUAUUUUUAAAAAUGACAGAAUUCCUCAUUUUGUUCACUAAAUGUGCUGUUAGUGUUAGCCAAUGAAACAGCCUUUUUAUUAAAUUAUAUAUUAAGUCAGAACUGAAUAUUUUAAUAAUUAUUAAAUUAAUGAAAUAAAUGCCAC